AUUGAAUUCUUGGACUCACAUUUGGCGUUCUUCAAGACAGACUAAAGGUCGAUAUUACAGCACGAUCCAAGUGGAUAUACCUCCUAAACCGUGGUUUUCAAAUCUGACGUUUGGUAAAGCUAUCACAUCGACCCUUAUUCGCAUGAGGCUGGGCCAUGCAUGCAUUCCCUUGCAUUUGGCAAGGCUUAACCUUUUGCCUAGCGAUAUAUGUGAGUGUGGCAAUGACGUUGGGGAUUUUAAUCAUAUAUUCUUUGCCUGUCCUCGAAAUGACCGUUCCGCUUUUAUUUCCUCACUUUUGUCCAUUAAAAUUCCUUUUCCUACUUCAAUUUCUAUCCUUUUAUCUAAUAUCAAUAUUGAUGUAUAUAGAAUAUUAGCUAGUUUCAUUUUUCAUAAUAAUAUAAAAUUGUAACCAUUUAUGUACUUAGUUUAUAUAAUAUAUAUACCUGAUCCUUUUUCCAAAUUCCGUUCCAAAUUCAAAUCCAAAAAAUAAAUCCAUUAACACACUUCCUAACCUUUUUGCGUGGCUGACGCACAAACCGUGCAGGCCAAGAAAUGGGAGAAAAAAAAAAAAAAAAAAAUAUUAAGUUACUUAUUGAUCAUUUAAUUACCUCCACCUUAAUGCUUAAGAUUAGAAACGUGAUAAGGAGAAGGUGCUUAUUUAGUGUAAGAUAUUUUAGGCCAUAUCAAAACUCAUGUAAUCUGUCUUAUAUCCCCACCACAGUUUUAUCACGUAUUGAUAUUUUUUCAAACCAUUCAAAGAUAAAAUUGCCUUUCAUUAUAUCAUCGAACAUGGCAGCGACGUGGUCUAUGGGCCCUGGCACUCUUGAAGUGCCGUUAUCUUUGUUCGCAACAAACCGACGAAGAUUAGCAAAUAAACUCAAAAGUGGACAAAUAGUGGUUUUGCAAGGAGGUGAAGAUGUGAACCACUAUGAUACUGAUGUACAAUAUGUAUUUAGACAGGAAGCCUAUUUUACAUGGGUUUGUGGCGUUAGAGAACCCGGUUGUUAUUUUGCCCUAGAUGUUAGUACAGGCAAGUCUUACCUCUUUGUGCCCAGACUUCCUGAGGAGUAUGAAGUCUGGAUGGGCAAACUCCAUGCCUGUAGUGACUUCAAAAACAUAUAUGCAGUUGAUGAAGUCUAUUAUGUUGAUGAGAUAAAAGAUGUACUCAAAAGUUUGAUGCCGGAAACAUUGCUGACAUUGUCUGGCCCAAACACAGACAGUGGCUUGACGGCCCGAGAAGCCAUUUUUAAUGGAAUUGAUGAGUUCAAUGUGGAUAAUGAAUCCUUAUUUCCCAUUAUCGCAGAAUUGCGCGUUAUCAAAACGCCAGAGGAAAUUGCUGUAAUGCGAUAUGUAUGCAAAGUCUCAUCUGACGCACACAAACAGGUGAUGUUGUACGCGAAGCCAGGUCGAAUGGAAUACCAAUGCGAGUCUAUAUUUCUGGAUCAUUGUUACCGUGUUGGCGGGUGCCGACAUGUUUCGUACACUUGCAUAUGCGGAUCGGGGCACAACGCCGCGACACUUCACUACGGCCACGCCGGGACUCCUAACAGCAAGAUUAUCGUAGACGGCGACAUAUGUUUAUUCGACAUGGGCGGCAACUACGCCGGCUACGCCGCCGACAUCACCUGCUCUUUCCCGGCUAACGGGAAAUUUACGGAGGAUCAAAAAUUGAUCUAUGAAGCUGUGCUCUUUGCCAGAGAUGCCGUUAUAAGAGAAGCGAAACCCGGUGUGUUUUGGCACGAAAUGCACCUGACUGCCAACCGCGCUAUGCUCGCCCAUCUAAAGAGGGGAGGCCUACUGCAAGGAGAUAUUGAAGAAAUGAUUCGGAACGGAGUUAAUGGUAUCCUACAACCUCACGGUUUAGGCCAUUUGUUAGGACUGGACGUGCACGAUGUGGGAGGAUAUCUGCCUAACUGUCCUCCGAGGAUGACUGGCCCUCUGGCCAAACUACGCACAGCCAGACAACUCUUAGCUGGAAUGGUACUGACUGUCGAGCCGGGCUGCUAUUUUAUACCAAGAUUAUUGGAUUCGGCCCGAAACAACCCGGAGCAGUCUCGUUUCUUCAACUGGCACAGAGUAGAACGUUUCAUUGGCUUCGGCGGAGUACGGAUUGAAGACGAUGUUCUUAUAACGGACGACGGCGUUGAGAAUUUGACGUUUGUUCCUCGCACCGUUCAAGAAAUUGAAGAAUUUAUGUCCAACGGAUCCAAUUUUAAUAAAGAACUUAAAUUCAAUGUUUAAAAGGACCAAAAUUGCAUAAUUUCAUUUGUUUUUCCAUUACGAUAUUUUCUCAAACAUAAAUACAGAACUAUCAAAACUGUACUUUUUACUCUGAUAAAGUUGGCAGAACGGAAUCCAAGAAACUAAGUAUAACAAGAACGGACUUUAGUUGAAAAAUAACGCUACGAAAAUAAAACUUACUGUUGAGUCUGGCACCAAAGCGCUCUAAGGUUACCUUAUGGUAUAUAAUAAAUAACUAUUUAUUUAAAUUAAUAUUUUAUUUGAAUAUUAUAUACUUUAUUUGCUAAUAAGGAAAAAGCCAAUCCAUUGUUUUUUCUCUAUAUAUUCACUAAAAAAGUGUAUAUUUUUCAUGUACUUUUAAGCUACUGUAUUACAACAAUAUUUCUCUAUAAAGAAAAAAAAGCCGCAAUCAAACAUUAAGACUUACGUUACCACGACCACUCCGCCAGGAGUGAACGACUGAGAAGAAGAAGAAUUACAACAAUAAAUAAUAUUUUAUAUAACUUAUACAUUUUUCAUACUUAAUAUUUAAACUAAAGUUUUUAAAAAGUGUGGACUAGACCCAAGUAUUUUGUUUACAAACUAAUAUCAUUAGGUGAAAAUUAUAACUAAAUAAACAAAUAUUUCAGCAA